AUGGAUACUAGGGAAAAUGGGGGCAGUGGGAACGCACAUAGAUUACCAAACAAAGGUAGUGCUUCACCACAAUUACACACUCCUGUGGUAGAUAUCCAGGGUAGUGGCAUCCCCAACGCUGAGGUAACACAGAACUCCAGGCGUUUGUCAAAUCCGACCCUUGAAAAACAGGGGAAAAAACGGACAUUAAAAGGUUCCCCCAACCUUAGCAAUCAUCCAAAGAUGUACGUCGUGAAGCUUAGAUCGGGUUCGAAUCGGACCGAUUCCCCGGUGGGUCUUGAGCUGGGGAGGCCGGAUAAGGACCCGCAAACAACGCUACCGACCCACUCCGAGAGCGAGGGGCGACCGCUCCCCCCCCCUCCCCUCUUCCCAACGGAGCUGCCAAAGGCGCCGGUGAAGUCUGGGAAGGUUGUGGUGGGGGGAAUGACGCGCUCGCGUCGUUUCCCCCCCCAGCGGCUGCCUUUAAAAGAGGCGAAGCAGCUCCAGGCCUUUCCCACCAUCGCCCCAUCCUUGGAGAAAGUCACCGGGAGGAUGGUGGAGGGGGCGGAGAAGAAGGCCGUCUCACUGGCCUUUUCGCGGGGGAAUAUUCUCGAUCGAGUCGGUGCGCCCAACCAGGCGAAGCGGAGGCCGCAGGCGAUGCCGCAGAAUCCGCUCAGCGCCGCUAAAUUACGGAUGACGAGGGAGGCGAAAGUAACCUCGCCAGGGUUUGGCGAGGGCGGGCGAGCGGUGGGGAGCGCGCCCGAUGCGCGUUUACCGCCUCCUUUGCUGGCCUCCGGGCUGACGGCGAAAGGGAUCCCGCCGGCGUCCGGAAAGGCUCAGGGCGUAAAGCUCCCGCAGCUGGUUUACCUCCUCCCCUCUUUGACAGGGGCGUCGGAGACGGAGACGGGGACCCCGCCCACGUCGGACAAGGCGGAGUUGGCUUCCACCAGACCAGCCGAUCCCCACUGCGGCGCCAUGCCCAAUGGCGGCAAUGGAACUCUUUUAGGCGUGAAUUCCGCGCUGGAUGGGUUGGACCCGCUUUCACAGCAGCGGUACAAUAGUGAAGGCGGGCCGAACGGGAUUCCUUUUCACACCAACAACGACAAAGUCGGCAUCGGUGCGAUUUCCAUGCAAUCUAUUGAUGAUCCUUUGUACCAUUACCACCCGAAGCAUCAACGCAACACCAACAACUCUGCGGAUACUGGGAGUGAGGAGAGCUUUUCUUGUGAUAGUGAUAAGCUCACACCGUUACGCUUGCGGAACCCCGGUGAUUAUCACUCUUCCGUCUUGCAUUUAAAUGAGGAGACCCUCCAUACAGGGCACAAUACCGAUGAAGGCUCUGAGAUGAGCGUCAGGACGAUGCGGCUGAAGGCUGAAUCCUGGGGCUCAACGAACAAUAGCGACCUCCGUUUUCCGCGCUUUAACCGCCUUCUUUUUACCCGGAAUACAAAGGUGUACGCGUCGGUGGAUUCCCUUAAACAGACUCUCAACGAGCUCAAGAUUCCAUACAUACCAGAGCUUGACCACCGCGUGCUUACCGCGGAUUUCAAUACUUAUAAACUUGCUGAGAUUCACGGUACGUUCGUCUAUGUGGUGUUGGCAAUGAAUGUGUUGCUAAGCUAUGAGUUAGUGAAUCGCUUCGGGUUCGAUGUGCACAAGCUUCUGAACUUUAUAAAAGAGGCGUUUACUUUUUUCACCACUGGAAGCCCUCUGCACCACUUCGUGCACGCCGCGGAUAUCAUCGUGGCGGUUCACCAGUGGCUUAGCCAGCCCACCGUUGGCGCGAACCUCUCUGACGAGGAGAUGCUGCCUUUUCUUUUCACUUCCGUGGUGAUGCGGGUUGGGCACUGUGGCAUGAGCAAUCAUUUCCUAACCCAGGAAAGACAUCCAUACAUGAUGAUAUGCGGCUGUACCGCCCCACAGCAGGGCGCCACCAUGUCUCUCAUCAUCGCCCUUCUGGAGAAACCUGAAAACCACUUCUUCCCCUCAAACGGCGUGUUCACGGAGAGCCUAGAACAUACACUCGCUCUUACCGACGAGUCCGACAGGCGACUUACGAGCGAAUCAUUUCGGGUGCACACGUGGAGCUCCGAGAAGGAGGAUACCUUCUACGACAUGGUCGCCGAGCUCAUUAUGGCGACGGACGAGCGCAGCUACUACAACAUCCAGCGCAGUCUAGAGCAGAUCGAUCAGGAUCACUUCGUCCGUCAUGGGUGCAUUUGCCCGGAGACGGACAGCGCGACGACCCCGAUGGCCGUCCCGCGCGCGACGAACCAUCUCCCGCAGAACCUGAAUAAAGACUGCAAGCGGUGCUGCGCGUACAUCAGCGAUUCGCACCUGCCGACGGUGCUGUCGGCCGUCCUGCACAUCCUGAACUACUCCUACGUCUUCCGCCCCUACGAGGUCUUCCUGCUGGGGAACGUCGGCUUCUCGUCGUCGAUGUACCACCAGAGCGACCUCCAUGACCGGAUGAGAAAACCAGGGCCUCGCCUCCCCCUUUCCGCCGCGAAGGACGAGGACGGGAGGGGGAAAGAAAGAAGAGGGGAGCCGGCCUCCCCGGACAGGGAAAACGACAAGCGCAGCGGCAGCGGGUGCAGUAGUGGGCUGCGGUGGGUGGGGGCGGGGGUCACCGAGGCCGCGGGCUCCCCGGCCCCUGCGCAGGCCCGGCUGACCAGCACCUCGCCCGGCACGAUCACCCCCGACUUGCGGUGGCCGCAGCUCACGCAGCAAACCACGGACUCCAGCUCCAUCCUCGCGACCUCGGCGGAGAACGUCGGUGAUGGCGAGAUAGCCUCCUCCAUCGGGGACCUCCUCCCACGCCGGCCUUUGCAAUUCAAGGGCCGGAACAUCCUCCUCCAUGCCUUCGAGGAGAUUCAUUACCCGAUGGUCCAGACCAUCCAGCCCUACGUCCCCGCCGACUGGGUGCAGAAGUCGCACCACAACUUCACCCGCUUUCUCACGGAGUUGCCGACGGAGGAGGAGUACGACCUCAUCCUGGAGCGCGUCCUGCAGUUGUGUGGGGUGUCGAGGAUUGACGAGGGGCCUUGCGAAAACAGCGGAAGCUCCACCUCCACCAAGGAUCGCGGCGUGCAGGACGAGACCAAGCCAUCGCCCCUUCAGCGGCUUAUCCAAGCCGUGGAGGAGAUCGAGGUCGCGAAGCAUAUUCCAUUUCAUAUCAUCGAUAUCGCCGCAUGGCCGAAGGGGAAAACAGGCCGAAGGAACCCUAACUCGCUGUCCAUGGAUGCAAAGAUGGAGGUACGCAUAUUGAAGGAGAUUUUGCACUCAAGUCUUGAGUUUAUUGCAAGGGAAGGUGAAUCAGAAAGCUGA